AUGGCGGAGCCCCGUGGAAUCCUGAUAAAAGGAGGCAAAGUUGUGAACGAAGACUUCUCUGUGAUCUGUGACGUCUAUAUUGAACAUGGGAAAAUAGUGGACGUUGGGCUGAAUCUUCACAUUCCAGAGGGAGUGAGAAUUAUUGAUGCCGGUGGUAAACUGGUGAUCCCGGGCGGCAUUGACACGCACACACACAUGGAGCUGGCGUUCAUGGGCACAAAGACUGUGGAUGACUUCCAUAUUGGAACGAAGGCUGCUCUAGCAGGAGGGACCACGAUGAUCGUGGACUUUGUCAUCCCCCAAAAAGGCAAGUCUCUUCUGGAGGCCUACAACUCUUGGCGCAAGACGGCGGACAGCAAAGUGUGCUGUGACUACUCAUUGCAUGUCGCUGUCACGUGGUGGAGUGACCAGGUGAAGAAAGAAAUGGAGAUUAUUGCCAAAGAAAGAGGGGUGAAUUCCUUCAAGAUGUUUAUGGCCUAUAGAGACGUGUUCAUGCUGCGGGAUUCGGAACUUUACGCUGCCUUUUCGCAAUGUAAGACCAUUGGUGCAAUAGCUCAAGUGCAUGCUGAGAAUGGAGACCUGAUUGCUGAGGGGGCUCAGAAGAUGCUGUCCAUGGGCAUCACAGGGCCUGAGGGUCACGAACUGUGUCGGCCGGAGGAGGUCGAGGCUGAGGCCACCCAGAGAGCCAUCACCAUUGCCAGUGCUGUCAACUGCCCUCUCUAUGUGGUCCAUGUCAUGAGCAAAUCUGCCGCCAAGGUGGUGUCCAAUGCACGCAGAGACGGGCGAGUAGUGUUUGGAGAGCCCAUUGCAGCCGGACUGGGAACCGACGGGAGUCACUACUGGCACAAGGACUGGGCCCAUGCGGCUUCAUUCGUCAUGGGUCCUCCCCUUAGACCUGACCCCAGCACUCCUGGCUACCUCAUGGAUCUGCUGGCCAACGAUGACCUCAGUGUGACGGGGACCGACAACUGUACUUUCUCAGUGUGUCAAAAGGCCCUCGGAAAAGACGACUUCACCAAGAUCCCCAACGGGGUGAAUGGCGUGGAGGAUAGGAUGUCCGUCAUUUGGGAGAAGGGAGUGCACAGCGGCAAAAUGGACGAGAAUCGAUUCGUAGCUGUCACCAGCAGCAACGCAGCGAAAAUCUUCAACUUCUACCCUCAAAAAGGCCGGAUCGCCAAGAACUCAGAUGCUGAUGUGGUUAUUUGGGAUCCCAAGUCAUCAAGGAAAAUAUCAGCCAAGACGCACCACCAGGCUGUGGACUACAACAUCUUUGAGGGCAUGGAGUGUCAUGGAGUGCCGGUGAUCACCAUUUCCAGGGGCAAAGUGGUCUACGAGGAUGGACAAUUGAAGACGACACCUGGCUGGGGCAGAUUCAUCCACAGAAAACCCUUCUCUGAAUUUGUCUAUAAAAGAAUCAAGCAGAGGGACCAGGUGGGCCAACCUAUCGCUGUGAUCAGACAGCCGUAUGACGGAAAAGUCAUUUCAGUGUGAGCAAGUGAAAGCUACUACAUGAAAGCUCGUUGGAGUCUGUCUUGAUGUCCUUGCACACACACCGCCGUCAGCGCCUGAACAA